AUGCCUCCCAAUGAUGAUCUUGCCUUAUCUCCACCAGCAUCACCAUCCAAAUUAGCGGGUGCCUGGCAGCAACGGGAGGCAACAGUGGGAACCCAACAACAACAACAACAACAACAACAGCAUCAUAUUGAUCCAUCAUCAUCAUCAACAGCAACAUCUUCUUCUGCUGCCCUGAAUAGCUCAAAAAGCACUCCUUUUCAACACCAUCGUCGUUUACGUACAACAAGCUUUGGUAUGGGACCGACUCCAACUAGAGCUCCCAGUAUGACGCUUCACCAACGACGUCGAACAGCUUCCAACGCUGGUCAUGGCAGCAUCAACAAAGCCGUGUCAGAUGUGCGAUUGUUACCACGCCUUGAAGAAGAGAAUGCCAACUUGCCACCCCAGGGUUCCAUUGAGUUUAUUAUUGCUCAAGUUGAACGACAGAAUGCUAUGCUCGAUGAGGAUCCCAAGUCGGUGUGUAUACAGUCUAAUGAGCUCAAGGCGCACUUGUCGACUAUGCAGAACCUGGUUACCGACAACAACAGCUCUGAGGAGGAUAUCGAUUGGGAGUUUUGGACAGCUUUGAUUGAUGACUUUGGUGCUGUUGCUACAAAGUUACCUCAUUUACUCUCGGCCAAACUUAAAGCGGGUAUUCCUUCCAAGCUUCGAGGUGUCAUUUGGCAAGCAAUGUCUCAGAGUGCGUCCUUACAUCUCGAAACCGUUUAUGGCCAACUCGUAGCCGAGCAUUCACCUUAUGAACGUAUCAUUCAACGUGAUCUUGCACGCACCUUUCCCAGUGUUGAAAUGUUCAAACAAGAAGGAGGUGAUGGUCAACAAGCACUCGAACGCGUCCUCAAGGCUUAUAGCUUGUAUGAUUCGCAUGUUGGUUAUUGUCAAGGUCUUGCUUUUCUCGUGGGUCCUUUAUUGAUGAAUAUGCCUGAACAACAAGCAUUUUGUGUCUUUGUGCGAUUGAUGGAAACAUACGAGAUGCGAACCAUGUUCACGCUCAACAUGGAAGGAUUACAGCUACGAUUGUAUCAAUUCAGCAGUCUGCUGGCGCAAAUCUUGCCCGAGCUUUCAGAUCAUCUUGCCAACCAUUCCGUUCAUGCACCCAUGUACGCCUCACAAUGGUUCUUGACACUCUUCGCUUAUGCAUUUCCAAUUUCGCUUGUCAUGCGUAUCUACGACAUCAUCUUUGCCGAAGGAGCAGCUGAAACGAUUAUGCGAAUAGCCAUUGCUUUAUUGAAACGAUCCCAAGAUCAGCUAUUGGAAAUGACUGAAUUUGAGGAUAUCCUUGAUCUUGUCACCUCCAAGUUGCACCUUGCAUACAGUGAUGACGCCAGCAUGAUGAUUAAUGACGCCAUGGAGCUUAGUGGAUUGAUCACGCGUGAAAAGAUCGACAAUUUGGCUGAGCUCUAUCUCAAAGAAGUUGAACAAGAGCAAAAGCAAACGGAGCAAGUCCUCGCUGUUCGUUUCAACUUUUGGUCAAAGCAAUCAUCAGAUAACAACAACAACAACACUGCUGCUACGACAUCCAAGAAAAAGAAACGUGAAUCGAGUAGCUGGUUACGAAAGCGUGCUUCAUCAUCAUCAUCCAGCUCCACCGAUGAGAGCUCUUGCACUACCACAACAACAGCAACUACCGUUGCCACAUCAACAACCACCACAACACCACCAGGGCAAGAUGUUGCUAUGCUACAUCAACAAAUCGAAGACCUGCUUUUGGCACUAUCACAGAUCCAGAAUGAACAUUUACAAGUGAAACAAGAGCUCGUGCAAAUCAAGAUGGAUAAGAUGGAUGUGGAAGCGGAAAGAGAUGCUCUCAAGAUGACGAUGAUGGGUCUUGAACAACAACCUGAUGAUGUGGCGACGUUACGUUCAGAGCUUGCAAAGACCAAAGAAUCCAACUUUGAAUUACAACAACAAAACGAAGAGCUGAAACAUCAGAAUCAAAUGGCCAAAGAAGCUCAAACAGGUCUUAUUGAAAAGAUGGUCAAUAUGAAGAACAAGAUGGAGCAAAUGGAAAGCGAUCAUCACAAGACGGUCCGUGCACAUGAAAAGACACUUUACAAGAUUCAGGAACAGCAGCAGCAACAGCAACAACGAUCACAGCGACCUUUGAUGGCCAAUCGUUCUUUAUCAUCCAAUGAAGCAACAUGUUCCACACACACCGAGAAACGAUGUCAUGAACUUGAACAACUCCUUGCGGAUGCUAAAUUACAUAUAGCUGAAUUGGAGACAUUUGGCGUUGCUAAGCGACCCACAGCAACGGCAACAAGUUCAGCAGCACAACAACAAAUGAAACGAAGGAGUUACGAUCCUUCCAAGGCAAACAAACGAGCCAGCUUUUAUGGUCGAUUCUGGUCAUCGGUCACCACAACACCUUCUUCUUCUCAACAAGAGACACCCCCUUCAAGCCCGAUCUAA